UGUCCAUUGAACUUGACCUUCGCAGUGAGAAAAUCAGUGAUAUUCGAAAAUGGUGACACGUGUUUUAAUUCUCGCUCUAGUAGCCGGCCUGUUCAGCAAUGUGUCUGGAGAAUGCCGCCGAAGGUAUUAUGAAUGCGAUGAUGGUGGUUGCGUAAGGGAAAACUUAAGAUGUGAUGGUACUAACCAUUGUGCCGACGAAUCGGAUGAAACUGACUGCGGACAGAUAUGUAACGAAUGCACCUACCAAUACGACGAGGAUUACCCUGACUACUUUGGCUGUCCCAGUUACGCCCGUCCUAAUUAUUGCUACAAAGAUGAAAUCUGCUCCACUGUAUACACCAAGACAUCCAGUGGUACAACUAUCGAACAAGGAUGCAUGAAAAGCACGGACUGCAACACGGCAACUGGAAAUAACGACGCCAGCUGUGCUGAAGGUAAUCCCAUUGCUGGUGACGAUGGAACAACUUGUACAUUCUGUUGUGAUGCCGUGUACUGCAAUGAUGAAUAGGUUUUGUGCAAUCGUUGCAUUUCGAAUGUUUAGCUAUGUAUUAUAGUUAACGACAUUUAAAUAAAUCCAUGCAUAUAUUUGUGCGUCAAAAUAGA